AAGACAACUCAUGAGCAUUGAAGGGAAAUCGAAAGGUUGUUUGAGUGACACACAGCGCCCAAAUUACUUACACUCGCCGCCUUAUAAGUGAUACACAGACACCUAUCAUGAACUCGGUAGGACUCUGUGUAAUGGUGUUUGGGUGUUGCGUCGUUGCAGCGGGAGAAUGCAGAAGCUCUUAUUGCAGUGGUGUGCGUUCUGUACCGAGGAAGCGUGACUGGUGUUGCUAUGUGGAGGGAAAUCUGAGAGUUCAAGAUUUUGUGGCAAAUCUGAGCGUUGCUUCGGCACAUCUCGGCGGGAAAUCGGGCAAUCGAAGCCCAUCAGAAUUAGCAAGCAUUCCAAGCGCUUGGUCCUUCUACCUGCCCGUGCUUGUGGAUGCAACCUCCCCCUGUGGCCUCGCUUUGCAGGCGAUGCUUCUCUCGCUUGCAGAUCACAGUUCCUCGUGGGCCGGUUCAGAUGAUAGACUCCUGGGGGAAGUACCCUGACGGAUUCCUCUCCGUGGGUCUUCGUGCAACCGGCGUCUUCGAUGAGUGCGUCAGCGUGCAAUCUCGGGAGCCAGGAGGAGCGAGGGGGAAAUUUUGCAGCAUCGCAUACUCGUCAGCCAAAGGUCAUGGCAAAGAAAACGGAGCUGCCCCGCAUGACAUGACACCCCUGCUGGGCGCUGUGUCAGGCACUGUGACACCUGUCAUGUUUGGUGUGGCGAGGUAUGACACCUGUAUUCCUGACGUGUGUUCUCAACAGGAUUUGCAGACGAGUCUCGGGCAGAUUCUGAAACUGUUCAUUUCACCAGCUGCCAUUGCUAUGAUGUCAGUGAAUAUGGAACAGCCUGUUUGUGUGGAAGCAAUAUUGGUGCCAUCAGCCUUGGCCGUCCUCCUCGGCAUCUUGGCAGCCGCGACCUUCCUUGACCUCUGGUAUAAGGUCAAGAAGCGACCUCCGUCAGGUCUUCAGUGUCAAACUAACCCUUUUAAAUUCCUCAGAGUACUGUCCAUGACGUGGGUCGUUCUUGGGCAUCAGUAUGUCUACAACCUCACCAGUACAACCAACCUCUUGGGCGCUGCAAAGAAAGUGCAGGGGAUACUCUUCCAAGUGAUCGCCAAUGGAAACCUUUGUGUCGACUCCUUCUUCUUCGUGUCCGGUCUUCUUGUAGCUAAUGGCGUGCUGAGUGAAGUUAAAAGAACGGGGAAAUUUAACGUAAUUCUGUAUGUUGUCCACAGGUUGUUGAGAUUUCAAGUUAUUGUUUUGACGGAUACUGAUGCAGCGAUCGUCCUCGUCUGCCUGUUCAUGGCCAGCCUCUUGGAACACGUCGUGACGGGUCCUUAUGCCCAUGACGUCAUCCCCUCGAUACAGGCCAGCUGUGCGAAGUUCUGGUGGAGGGACGCCCUCUUCGUCAGUAAUUUCUUCACGCCGGUGUCCUCAGGGCCUCGGUAUCAGUGUAUGGACCAAUGCUGGUACACUUGCGUCGACACUCAGCUGUACUUGGUGGCGCCUUUGCUGAUCCUUCCGCUGCAUUUCAGUCCCCGUGCAGGUAAAGUGUGGCUCUAUUUGAUGAGUAUAACAUCCGUUGUUAUUCCUGCUGUCAUAAUAUACAUAUACGAUUUGCCGCCUGGAGACUUCCUCCUGGGAAAUAACAAGGUAACCGAAUACUAUGCAAGAGUGUACGUGGCUCCUUGGUGCCGAGCAAGUCCCUACGUCAUAGGCAUCUGGUUGGGUUAUUUCAUCUCGAAACAGGGCUCUGACGAACUGUCUCUGAAGAAGUGGCAGUUAGUAGCGGGAUGGACCUGUGCUGCGUUCGCCUCUCUCGCUGUCCUACUCGGAGGAUGGAGUUAUAACACGCCUUUUACUGCGAUGAAAUACGACCCAGUGACCCAGGUGUUGUAUGGGAGUCUGCACAGGGCGGUGUGGGCGGCUGCGCUGGCGUGGGUGGUGUUCACAUGCCACUAUGGAUACGGGGGUUUGGUGAACGAUUUCCUGUCCUACCCGCUGUGGCAGCCCCUGAGCCGUCUCACCUACACCAUGUACCUGACAGCCAUCUGCGUCCAGCUGGUCGUGGCCGCGUCAGCCCGCACCGCCUUCUACUUCUCCCACGUCAACAAGAUCAUCGAGACCUGCGGCACCGUUUUCUUUACGAUUCCCGCGGCGCUUCUGCUCUCGCUCGCAGUCGAGGCGCCGGUGCUGCGGGCGGAGGCGCUGCUCCUCCGGCGACCAGGUCGACCCGAGGCCGCCCCACCCAAGGUCAACCUCGCAGGACAAGCGAACGAGGCAUUUGCUCCCGAGGUCGAGUUGCACGAAGGAGAGGGAAUAAAGGAAGGCAGCCAGGCCGGACCCAUUUUUAUUUCGCUAUUUUCUUGUCCUCUUUUUUAA